GCGCGAACCGUUGAUGUUGAGGCAGAGAGAAAUCUGCGCGCCGACAGCUCCAGCUCUGAUAACUAUUACAUCUAAAGGUGUGUGAAACCGCCAAGGUUGGAAGUGCAAUGGCCUCCUCUGGAGACAUUCAUGUUAAAGAACUGGACAAGCGGGCCUCUGGACAGGCUUUCGAGGUUAUCCUGAGUCCCACGGCCCCAGAUGCCAAGGGAGAAUUCCCACUUUCCACCCCCAAGAAGAAGGAGGUUUCUUUGGAUGAGAUCCAGAAAAAAUUGGAUGCAGCAGAGGAGAGACGCAAGAACCAUGAGGCAGAGGUCCUGAAGCACUUAGCUGAGAAACGAGAGCACGAGAAGGAGGUCCUUCAGAAAGCAAUGGAGGAGAACAACAACUUUAGCAAGAUGGCAGAGGAGAAACUUAACCAGAAAAUGGAAGCCAACAAAGAAAACCGCACAGCACGCAUGGCAGCUAUGAACGAGAAAUUUAAAGAGAAAGACAAGAAGCUUGAAGAGGUACGAAAGAACAAAGAAACGAAAGAUGGGGCAGAGGGUGAAAACUAAGUUUCCGCUUUUAUUUUCCUUUUCAUUUAGGGUAUAGUGUUGGGUUUUUUAAUGCAUCCAAAGAUUUAUUUUUUGUUCCAUUAAAUGGCCAAUUUUCCAUGAUUGGAUUCAUGUACUUGCCACUUUUUUAUUACGGGGUUUUGGGGAGCUGGUGCACAACAUUCUCUUCAUCACUUUGUGUGUAUUCAGUACUGUCUUUCAUCCCCUCUAACCUGUAGAUUUGUCCAGUUGCAGCUAUUAGCGUUUAAAAUGAGCAGUGUUUUACUGAUAGGGAAGCAUGCAUGUGUUAUGCAUAGGUAUAGUAUAUACUUGGUGUAUUGCAUUGUGCAAGUCCACCUGUUCCCUUGUAUGCCAAAACUGCAGUCCUUUGAGCUUAAUAAAGUUGCACAGUUGUUUGUUAUUGUAA